UAGUGAAGAAACUGAAAUAUGGUCUACACACACUGCGGGCGGGUCUGCGGUGCGGUCGCCCCCAACACUCCUCUAAAAUAUCUGUCAAGAGAAUGGUCAGCAGAAGUUAGAUCUAGGUAAGAGGAUGGGAAGGGGGCCAGUUUCGGGAAAGCGCCACAUUUACCGAAAGAUUUGCUAAGUAAAGUGCUACCUUGGGACUCCAAGGGAGGUAGGUAAUGGGGAAGAAAAGCCAAAACGUGGACGCUCCGACUCCUAGUGCCUUGGGCUUUCUCUCAGACAGAUGAGUAAUCUCCAGGAACGAGAGCAAAUAACGGUGGGGCGCCCUUGGGCUUUCUUUCCCACCACUUUCUCGGUAUUCCAGGUUCCCUUCACCGAGCGAGAACAGGAGGGACCCAGGUAAAUUUGUGCAAAUACAUUUUCUAGACUUACUCUUGAAUUAACUUUCGGAGAAAUCAGUCAACAGAGAAGACAGAGAAAUGCGUUUCUGGACCCGGUACUGUUUUCAAUCUUCAUUCCAAACAAAACCCUUGGUUUAUAAAAGAUUUCACAGAAAGAGAAAAUUCAGUCCUGAGAUCUUUGAAAAGAUGUCUGUUAAGAGUCCACUGUGGAGGUCAGGGACUGUGAUACUGCGGAUGGGAGGCAGGAGGAUUACAUAGGGAGACCCUCUUUCAAAACAAAUAACAAAAAAGAAUUUUUCUUAAGAGCACCUGGCUAGGGGAUUAAUUUGUAAUAUUGUUCUCUACCCCUAUGGUUUCCUUACUUACACAUUUGCAAUGCAAUUUUGUUUUACUUUCAAGCCAAUAUGCUUUUCAGAAAAACAUAAAGCCUUGAGGAAAAGCACAUCAUCAGUUAAAUUUAAGACCAAUGACUUUCUGAUCACCAAUUAAAAAUAACGUUUUCUCUAAUAUCUUGAGGCCGAUUUGCCCCCUCCCCUUUCGUAAGAACUUUCCAGACCUGGAGCUUCGAGGACUGCCACUGUUGCUGCGGCAUGGCUACCAGCUGUAAACGGGAUGGAGAUUCACCGUUGCUUUACAACAUAACACAUUAAAGAAAAACUGGCUUUCAUACCCAGAGUUCUUUGUAGAAAAAGUAAUUCCAGAAACUGCAGGCCAGGAGUUAGCAAAAGCUCCGUGCUUUUUGGGACCUGCAGGAAGCCAGACUUGUUCUCUGAAACAACACUCAAGAAAGCCUCAAUCAGUUCUCCCCACAGACACACGCAGGACCACCCCAGGCGGAGGAGUAAGUGAUCCUUUUCAACUAGCCCUUCAUAGCAAACAAAAUCUGUUUUGGAAACUACUAUGUUGAGUCCCCUUCCUCCCUCCCUCGCUCCCUCCUUUCCUCCCUCUCUCUUUCUUUCCAGAGAGAAUUGCAUUUAGCUCAGGCUGGCCUCUAACUCCACUUGUAGCUGAGGGUGAUAUUGAACUUAUCUUUCUGCCUCCACUUCUCAAGUGCUCCAUUACAGAAUCAUAGCCAUCACAUAGACUUUCUCCAGCUUGGUGAGUCCCCUGUCCUUGAAUUUUCCUUCCUUGAAAUUAUGCAAGAAUGACUAUGUUGGUUCUCUUAGAAAACAACACCAAUAUGCAAACUAACACACAUACAACUAUGAACUUGUAUACUUUUGGAGCUUCUGGUCUGAAGGCCAUCUGCUAGUUGUGAGUAACAUCCUCCCAAUGCAUGUACUAGCCUCAAGUCUAUUUCCUCUCCUGGUAGCUAUAGCCCUACCCACUCAAAAGACUGGUUGGGGGCUAAACUAGUUUGCUAAGGUUCAGAGGGUGCUGAGUGAGUAGCUGCUGGGAUAAUCACUCUAGACCGGCAUGUUUAGAAGCCCAUAGAAAAGCACUUUCAGGUCUGGAAUAAAGGGCACUGGCGGUUUUCUUUCCAGGGUUAAGAAAUAUAUAGAAAUGCUGUAACCAUCUGUCAGGGUAUGGAUUUUGCUGCUUAAAUGGGCUGACCCUUUUCCUCCAACGAACAUCACAGUGCUGCUGUCUUUGCAUUUUAUUUUUGUGGUGUUUGGGAUGGAACCAUGACCUCUUAUAAGUCUUUAGAAAUAAUACCAAGUCUUGCCUCUUUUACUGAACACACAUCAGCAGUUUUUGUUAUAUGUAUUUUAUGUUUAAUACAGAAAUUCCCAAGCGUUGACUUGAACUUUUAAUUCAUUGAGUAGUGAAAUGUCGGUGAUGUACAUUUUAUAUUAAACUUUGGUUUUAAAAAAUACAAUUUACCUUCGGCAUUUUUAAUAUAAUGUAAGCAUGAUGAGUUCUCGGGAGAACAACAGUAUUUUUUUCCCCCUGAAAAACCAUAUGAAGGUAAUUGCCUCCAGUAAUUUUUUUAAAUUGGAAUGGAUACCUAGUAUGUUAAUGUGAACUAUCUUGUGACUAGUACUUCAAUAUUCCGGUACAGUGAGCACCCAUAGACAGCUGAAUUUCAGCAGUCCCAUUUCCCAAGACGGAGAGGACUUGGCGCCAGAGCCUGGCUCCAGCCAGUUUUUCCCCCCGGCAGGUGUAGUCCUAGUGCUCCUUCGGGGGAGGGGAAAAGGGCGGGUGCGGGGUUGAACUGGGACUUGGGACUCGGACCACCGACUGGGCGGGGGCCUACGGACUAGGGUCCGGCCCGCCCCCGCCGCGCCAUUGGCCGCAUCUAUAAAGAAAAGGGCCGGCGGCUGGGGGGACACUCUCAGUGUCACCGGUGAGUUAGACGUAGCCCGGAGAGCAGCGGGAGGUUCGAGCCGGCGCGGACUUGGCGCGUCCCUCUGGGCAUCCCUAGGCUAGCUCCCCAUUCCUGUCUCGAAGUCGGGGAAAGCGGCGUGUCCGGUGGCAGGUAGCGGAGCGCGGGGUCGGUCUGGAGCGCCAUGAGCAGCCCGGAUGCGGGAUACGCCAGUGACGACCAGAGCCAGCCCCGGAGCGCGCUGCCCGCGGUGAUGGCCGGGUUGGGCCCCUGCCCCUGGGCCGAGUCCCUGAGCCCCCUCGGGGACGUAAAGGUGAAAGGCGAAGUGGUGGCGAGUAGCGGACCGCCAGCCGGGACCUCGAGUCGAGCCAAGACUGAGUCUCGCAUCCGGCGGCCGAUGAACGCCUUUAUGGUGUGGGCCAAAGACGAGCGCAAGCGGCUGGCACAGCAGAACCCGGAUCUGCACAACGCAGAGCUGAGCAAGAUGCUAGGCAAGUCCUGGAAGGCAUUGACGUUGGCGGAGAAGCGGCCCUUCGUGGAGGAGGCCGAGCGGCUGCGCGUGCAGCACAUGCAGGAUCACCCCAACUACAAGUACCGGCCGCGGCGGCGCAAGCAGGUGAAGCGCAUGAAGCGGGUGGAGGGAGGCUUCCUGCACGCUCUGGCCGAGCCUCAGGCCGGCGCGCUGGGCCCCGAGGGCGGUCGCGUGGCCAUGGACGGCCUGGGCCUGCCUUUCCCGGAGCCGGGGUUCGCGGCCGGCCCGCCGCUUCUGCCCCCGCACAUGGGCGCCCACUACCGCGACUGCCAGGGCCUAGGCGCCCCUGCGCUCGACGGCUACACUCUGCCCACUCCGGACACAUCCCCGCUGGAUGGCGUGGAGCAGGACCCGGCCUUCUUCGCUGCCCCGCUGCCGGGAGACUGCCCGGCGGCCAGCGCUUACACUUACGCGCAGGUCUCGGACUACACGGUGCCCGCCGAGCCGCCCGCUGGCCCCAUGCGAGUGGGGCCAGAACCCUCGGGUCCCGCGAUGCCGGGGAUCCUGGCGCCCCCCAGCGCCCUGCACCUGUACUACGGCGCCAUGGGCUCCCCCGCCGCAAGCGCGGGGCGCGGUUUCCACGCGCAGCCCCAGCAGCAGCUGCAACCUCAAGCACCUCCGCAGCCGCCGCCGCAGCACCCGGCGCACGGCCCGGGACAGCCUUCACCCCCUCCUGAGGCUCUGCCCUGCCGGGAUGGCACGGACCCCAACCAGACCACCGAGCUCCUAGGGGAGAUGGACCGCACGGAAUUCGAACAGUAUCUGCACUUUGUGUAUAAGCCCGAGAUGGGUCUUCCCUACCAGGGACACGACUGCAGUGUGAACCUCUCGGACAGCCACGGAGCCAUUUCCUCCGUGGUGUCCGACGCUAGCUCGGCUGUCUACUACUGCAACUACCCUGACAUGUGACGGUUGCCCACCCGACCUGCGGGCCAGAAGCAGUGUUACACACUUCCUGGAAGCGCUAAGGAAAUCCUUAGCGUCAAGCUGUUUUGUUUUUAAGUUGCCUUGGCAUAUAAUUUAUGGUAAUUUAUUUUGUCUGCCACUUGAACAGUUGAGGAGCUAUAUGAGAUUUUUUUAAAAAUGUAUCGAGGGACUUGUUCCCCCACACCACUGGUCCAGUUUCAACCAGUUUCUUAAUAUCUCACCAACUUAUUACAUUUCUCGGAAGUGUUUUGAUCCAAAGAAAUUUUGUUCUUCGUGUUUUUUUCAAUCUUCGAAAAUGUUUUGAUGCAAAGAAUUUUUGUCCUGUUUUUUUCAAUUUUAAGAAAAUUAAAAUCUAGAAUCUUUUUAAAAUCAAUCUAUCACAUUGGUUUUAUAGGAAAUUAAUUUAAAAAUACAGUGAACAUUCUACAAUUAGAAGUGUAUAGCUAAUUGUAAAAUUUUCAUUUUCUUAUAAUGGUACACCUAAAUACUUUCAAUAAAUCUUAAAUAUACAGUUGAAAUGUUCAGAUGUGAUAUGAUUGUUCAACUACGAAAACAUUUCUCACAGAAUGAACUUGCUUUGUACACUCCAAAUGAUAUUGAUUCCUAAAAAUAAUGUUGUAAAUGUUUAUAAUUCUGGUUUUUUUUCAGUCAUGGUCUUGAGACCUGCCUAAAGGGACUUUUCAGAUAUAUAUGUUUGUCUUUUCUUCCAAAAGUCUUGGUCCCUCCUUUCACAAAAUUUGCCUUUAACCCCCACAUUUUUAAGAGUCACAGGAACUAAUCAAAAUAAAAUUUGUUUUGUGACUGUUA